GCUAAAUCUAAUAGACUCCAUUUUGAAUUCUAGCAGAAGUGAACACAGUUUUAGUUCCGUAGCAGUAGACAGUUUGGGGUAUAAGAAUGCGUAUUUUAUUUGUUCUCGGUGCCUGGGCACUGUUAGGUUUCGUUUCGGCUAGUCCUAAUACCAGAUGCAACGAUUGUAAGAAGGAAUUAUGUCCAAAGUUAUCUCGUUCUGAGUGUUUAACUGGAAUAGUAAAAGAUGGAUGCGACUGUUGUGAUGUCUGUGCCAGAAUGGAAAGUCAGACUUGUGAUCUCCCUGAAACACCUUAUGUUAAUGGAAAAUGUGGUGAUGGAUUAAGUUGUGAAGAAACAGAGUUUGGCCAAGUUUGUGUUUGUGAACACGACCAGAUUAUCUGUGGUUCAAACAACGUUACCUACAACAACAUGUGUGGAUUAAUGGCUGAUAUGAGAAGAGCUGGUUUGAAAUCAGAGUUAGAAGUUAAAUUUGUGGGACCAUGUGACGCAGGAGCUAAGAUUGUAAGUUCUCCAAUGUACACCAAGAAUAGCACUGGUGGUACCGUUAUCUUAUCCUGUGAAGCUGUUGGUAACCCUACUCCCCAUAUUGCCUGGUUAUACACUAGAGCUGAUGGUGAAACAUUCAGUGUCCCUGGUGACGAUGAAUUUACUCUGACAGCUGCUAGAGGUGGACCUGGACGUUAUCAAAUUACUGGUUGGGUUCAGAUCGAAGGUUUGAGAAAAACCCACGAGGGUGACUACACCUGCAUUGUCCAGAAUAAAUAUAAAAAAGACACUGCUAAGGCUCGAGUAAAGGUUGUUCCAAGAAAAUAAGAUGUUUGGACCAUUCUCAAGCCCAUCGUGAUAUUUUUUUACAAUAUAUCUUUAACAUUUGAAUUAUUUAGAUUAUUCUAUAAGGGCUCAAUUUCUACAUGAUAUCAAUUAUAUUUUGAGAUGUCAUUGAUUCACAUGUUGAUGUGUUAUCACAAGUAUUUCAAAUGGUGCUAAAUUGUAAAAUAAGUAUAUAAGUUGUAUUCAUUAUUAUAUAUUGUGUGAUAGAAAUAUGGUACGCAACGUGCGAAUCUGUGAUCAGAAACAUAUAAAGAAGUUCUGAAGACCGGGAAUUGCAAAAGUUUAUAGCUCCAUUUACAAACAGUUUUAUUCGUGCAAUAUCUUGUUUUUAGAAGUCUUCAUAUGUUUAUUGUAAGAUGGUUACCACGACACAAUUUGCUCUUACGUUCAGAUUAGAUUGCCACUUCACUGCCAAAAUAUAACCUUGCUUGAUUUAGUUUGGAAUGAUUUUUUGAGUUCAUUACGGUCACAAGUCUUGCCAAUGAUGUACAAUAGUUUUUUUGUCUAUGUAUUUGCAUGCGAUUAUUUUUAAAUUUGUAUUUUUUGCUAUAUUUGUGAAUUACCAUCUUGAGAUUUUGGUUUAAGUUACACAAAAUUCACAAAUACAGUGAUAGCUUCUUUUUUUUUUUAAAACAACGUUGAUUUAUUUCUUCGUUAAACACCACAAGUGCCAAAAUAAGGGAAAUAUUUGAUCAUAGGUUGGGUUUGUAAACAACGAAUCAUUGUCUUCCAUAUUGUAUUCUAUAUACUAUAAUCAAAUGUCCACUCACAUACUCUUGAUGUAGAUAGAUGUUUGUAAUAUCAAUAAAUCUUUUGGAAAUUCUCAGACUG